AUGUCGCUGUUCCCAAGGAUGACACCGUUCCACCACCCCUCGAGGAAAACCCACCAAGAUGACCUAGUACCCUUCUUUUCUCUUUUUAACGACACCUUUAAUGAGCUACAACGCCUCUCUGACAACCUUCCCUCCUCAAAGGGCGGUAGUGGCGGCUUCUUCGCGCCGAAUUUCGAUGUCAAAGAGACGCCUCAAGCCUACGAACUACAAGGCGAGCUCCCAGGCAUUGCUCAAAAAGACAUCACCAUCGAGUUCGUAGACGAAAACACGCUGACCGUCAAAGGUCAUACCGAGCAUCGACGCGAGCAGAGUAACGAGCCAACCUCUGGUCAGGAGCAACAGCAAGUCAACAACUCAGACAAGGCUUUCAACGACAACUCCAAGAGUAGUAGCACAGACCUUACCACUACCUCGGGCGCCAACAACCAGCAGCUUAGCAAGCCGCAAACCAGCCACACUUACUGGGUCUCGGAACGCAGCGUUGGGUCGUUCUCGCGCUCAUUCAGCUUCCCUAAUCAAGUGGACAGGGAGCACGUGAAGGCGUCGCUCAAGCAUGGCAUCCUUAGUAUCGUGGUGCCUAAGAUGACGAAGCCUCAGCCGACGACACGUCAGAUCGCCAUACAGGCCGAAGAGUGA